AUGCAAGCACACUUUGAGGUUAUAUCUAACAGGAAUCCACAUAAAGUGCUCUGUCCAUUCCUAAGAUGUAAACAGAGUCCUGCCGGGGACAAGACACCAAUUGAGCACACAAGAAUGCCCAUGUGCGAUCGCCAGUGCAUUAACACCUUGCGAAAUUCCAUCCAGGCGCUUGGUCCUCAGUGCAGCGACUCUUCCUGCCUGUGUUUCGAACUCCUUGGCUUUGACGUUCUGCUCGACAGCAAAUUCAGGCCAUGGCUGCUGGAGGUCAACCACUCGCCCAGCUUCAGCUGCGACUGUCCCGUCGACGUGAGCGUCAAGGACGCCGUGCUUGAAGAUGCCCUCAGGUCUCUGUCGCUGUCGGCGGCCACGAGGAAAAAGUACUACGAUCAGGAACGCCAGGCCCUGAAGGAGCGUCUGUACAACCGGACGGCAAAGUGA